AGCAUUGACUUUCAUGAAAAGGGAAAGAAACACCAAGAAAAUGUAAAGAGGAAAUUAAAUGAGAUCAGAAAAAAAGGACAAAAGGAGCAUCAAGAAAAAGUUGACUUAGAAAAUGAGAUGAAGAGAAUUGAGGAAGAAGCCCUAAAAGCUUUUGAAAAGGAUGUACAGCAGAACCCUGAACUUAUUAGAGAGAUUAAAAAUCAGCCUGUACCAAAGAAGACAUGUGAGCCAUCACCAGAUUGUUUUAAAAACACUAAUGUUUGUCCUUCAGAAAUUAAAACAAAGGUGAAAAGAUGGUUUCAAGGUGUGAGUCCUGAAGGUAAUACAUAUUAUUGGAAUUUGGAAACAAGAGAAUCACAAUGGGAAACACCAAAUGAAGAAUAUGUCACCUUAGCAGAACAGCAAGAACAUCAGGCAAAUGAAGAGAAACUUCUUGAUUCAUUUGGUCCACAACAAAAACCUGAUCCCUAUGGAUGCUGGGAACCAGUCAUUAAAGAAUCUGAAUUUCUAGACAAGGCUCAAGAUACAGUAGAAUCUUAUGUUCCAGUUUAUAAUGAGGAAAACAAGAUUAAGUUCCAGCAGAAAGUUGUAAAAACGCUUGCAGGUUCCGAAAAUUAUAUUAAUGCUGAAGUUGGUUUCAAAAAAAGAAAAAAAAUGUCUGAAUCAAAACGCAAUGUCAGAUGUAGAACUGAUGAUGAAUAAAAAGUAUGUUUUUGUCAGUGUA